ACACUGUGUAGCCAUGGUGAGCGAGUUUCCGGGUCCGGGCUCUCGGGUCCCCUGGCGGCCAAGGGACGAGGCGCUGCGCGUGAACGUGGGCGGAGUGAGGCGGCUGCUGAGCGCGCGCGCCCUCGCGCGCUUCCCGGGCACGCGGCUGGGCCGCCUACAGGCGGCGGCGUCCGAGGAGCAGGCGCGGCGCCUAUGCGACGACUACGACGCGGCGGCGCGCGAGUUCUACUUCGAUCGGCACCCGGGCUUCUUCCUCGGCCUGCUGCACUUCUACCGCACCGGGCACUUGCAUGUGCUGGAUGAGCUGUGCGUCUUCGCCUUCGGCCAGGAGGCUGACUAUUGGGGCCUGGGCGAGAACGCUCUGGCCACGUGCUGCCGCGCGCGCUACCUGGAGCGGCGUGUGACGCGGCCUCGCGCCUGGGACGAGGACAGCGAUGCCCCGAGCAGUGUGGACCCGUGUCCCGACGAGAUCUCCGACGUGCAGCGGGAGCUGGCGCGCUAUGGUGCGGCCCGCUGUGGUCGCCUGCGCCGUCGCCUCUGGCUCACCAUGGAGAACCCCGGCUACUCGCUGCCCAGCAAGCUCUUCAGCUGCGUGUCCAUCGGCGUGGUGCUCGCCUCCAUCGCUGCCAUGUGCAUCCACAGCCUGCCCGAGUACCAAGCCCGGGAGGCGGCGGCGGCGGUGGCUGCAGUGGCCGCGGGUCGCAGCGCAGAUGACGUGCGCGACGACCCGGUGCUGCGCCGCCUGGAGUACUUCUGCAUCGCCUGGUUCAGCUUCGAGGUGUCGUCGCGCCUGCUGCUGGCUCCCAGCACGCGCAACUUUUUCUGCCAUCCGCUCAACCUCAUCGACAUCGUGUCGGUGCUGCCCUUCUAUCUCACACUGCUGGCCGGCGCGGCGCUUGGUGACCGGCGCGGAGCCAGCGGGGAGGAGCUCGGAGACCUAGGAAAGGUGGUACAAGUGUUUCGCCUCAUGCGCAUCUUCCGCGUGCUCAAGCUGGCCCGCCACUCUACCGGGCUGCGCUCUCUGGGCGCCACGCUCAAGCACAGCUACCGUGAGGUGGGCAUCUUACUGCUGUACCUGGCCGUGGGUGUGUCAGUGUUCUCUGGCGUGGCCUACACAGCCGAAGAAAAGAACGUGGGCUUCGACACGAUCCCCGCCUGCUGGUGGUGGGGCACCGUGAGCAUGACCACAGUGGGCUAUGGGGAUGUGGUCCCGGAGACUGUGGCGGGCAAGCUGGCAGCCUCUGGCUGCAUCCUGGGGGGUAUCCUGGUGGUCGCCCUCCCCAUCACCAUCAUCUUCAACAAGUUUUCCCACUUUUACCGGCGCCAGAAGGCACUGGAGGCGGCCGUGCGGAGCAGCGGCCAGCGGGAGUUUGAGGACUUGCUGAGCAGCGUGGAUGGCGUAUCAGACGUGUCUCUGGAAACAUCCAGAGAGACUUCUCAGGAAGGGCGCUCUACAGACCUGGAGACCCAAGCCCCCAGUGAGCCUGCAAAAUCUCACAGUUAUUAAAACCGGGGCUCUGCACUCCCUCCCCAAAGCCUGGGAAUCAGCUAAUGUAGAGCAGAGUCCUCCCCUGCUUAGGUUCUGCAUGGGAGCCAUCCGCCUGAGCAAAACAUAGGGGCCGCAGAUCUUUCUCAAAAAAGCCCAGAGCAGGCUAGCACCGCCCUCCAUUCCACCAGCCCACAGAAAGGCCUCCUCUGAAGUAUGUACACACCAAGAGGAGGAAGAGGACAGCCUCUGUAUGCGCCGGUUAGCCUUGUGCAGAUGAUUAUCCCCAUUUCACAGAUGAGAGAACUGAGGCUCAGCCGAAUGCCACGGAGAAGUCAGCUUUUAAUGAUAAGUCCCUGGAAGGAGUUGGGGGCCGAGUCUUUGGAAUCUGUAGGAUCAAUACCACAAUCAUCUGCCAUACACACUUCCUAGGGCUGACUUACAGAAGGAGCCUGACUAGAGACCCUUCUGGGACCCAAUCCCAGCGCUACACUUGCCACGGGAAAGGUGGCCAGCCCCCUGCCCCCAGAAAUAGGUUCUAGUGGAUCUGUCACAGCGUGGGACCCAGAGAGAAGCUGACUGAGAAGACCCAGCUCAACUCUGAACUGUUGGCGGCAGAGGGGUACCGCGCAUGCUCCGGUACCGCGCAUGCUCCAGUCCUGCUCGGCUUUCUUCAACUUGACACAAGCUAAAGUAAUCUGGGAAGAGGAGGCUCAGUGGAGGGAACGCCUCCAUCAGAUUGCUUGUCGGCAAGCCUGUGGGACAUUUUCUUGAUUAGUGAUUGAUGUGGGAGGCCCCAGCCCACUGUGCGUAGCACCAUUCCUAAGCAGGUGGUCCUGGGGUCUAUAAGAAAGCAGACUGAACAAGCCACGGGAGCAAGUCAGUAAGCAGUGUUCCUCCACGGCUCUGCUUCCAGGCUCCUGCUUCCGGGUUCCUGCCUUAUGCUCCUGCCCUGGCAUCCCUCAGUGAACUAUGACCUGGGAUAUGUAAGCCAAAUAAACCCUUUCCUCUCCAA